AAAAUUAAAUAUUAAUUUUAAAUCUUGUUCCUAAAUACGUGAUUUAUAUCGAUAUCUCGAAGAUCGAUUUUGAUCUUGAAUGUCAUCUAGUGGCAAAUGAGUGAAUUAAUUUUCAAAGUUCUCUCGUGAUAAUAGAUUCAGUGUUUUCACGCGACGUGUGUACAUAUACGAAAGUUCUAUAUAAUUAUCGUUAAAAAUAGUUCAAAUAUUUAUUGUCUUUUUGAUUAUAUCUAUUACUUCGAUGAUUAGUUAAGAUAGUUAAGAAUGCAUAAAAACAUAAACAUUUCUAUCAUACCUCACACAGUGCGUAGAUUUAUUAGUUCGAAUAAUACAAUGUAUAAAAAUUAUACAGUAAGAGAAAGUAAAUUCAUGAAUAGAUUUCUAAAACAAAGUGAACCUAAAAGAAAGUGGUAUAAAGAUAAGCCACCUGCUGAUUUGGAUUUUCAUUCAAGUUUGAUAAAGGAAAAAAAACCUUCGAUACAUGCGAAGAGAAGAAUAGUUGUACUUAACAAAUUGUUUAUGAAACACAUAACUGACUUAAUGUCAACAUGCGAAACUACAUCAGAGUUUUCAGAACGUGGUGUCGAAAUAACAAAUGUGAGUAUUUCUUCAGAUUAUAAAACUCUUAAUGUAUUUUGGAUAUUAGAGAAAGUGGACGAUAAAAAUUGGCCAACAACAAUAGAAGAAGUUUUAGAAAAGAAUUCAUAUAUCUUACGUCAUGAACUAUCCCAAAUGCGUAUCAUCAGUAAUGUACCCAUUAUAUGCUUUGUGAAAGAUAAAACAAUUUCUCUAGCAAGAGAAAUUGAAAAUAGAUUAGCAUCGCUUGACUUCGAUAAAGAUUAUAUUGAAGCCAACAAUAAAACUAUACAAUUAGAUAUUAAUAAUGACGAUGAAACUGAUCAUUCUAACAAUAGUUUUCAAAUAACACUACCAGAAAUGAGGCAUGAUGUUUUAGGAUUAGAUCAUCAUAAAAUUAUGUCAAAGAUUAAAAACUCUAUAAAUAAAUCAAAAAAUCGUACUAGCAAUAAGGACAUAUUAGAAUCACAUUCAAAACUAAAGGCACAACCUAUGUCUACUUUUCUUGAUAACGAAGAUAUUUCUAAGAGUAAAAAUCAACGAGAAUUAUUUACCGAAUUCUUGAAGAAGAGAAAGAUAGAAGAAAAGAAAAAAUAUCGCUUAAAAAGCAACAAACAUUUGCAACCAAAUGUUCAUAGUACAUUUAACGACGAUGGUGAUGAUGAAACUUACUUUGAUCAAGACUUUGAUAAUACACUUAUGAAAUAUGAUGAAAAUGGUGAUGAAUUUAAAAAAUAAAAAUUUCACUAAAAUAGUUAAUAAUUUCAUUGAUAUGGUAUGUUAUUUUAUUUUAUAUAAAUAUAAUACUUAGUAGGACAUUUUAGUUAUUUGUAAAGAAUAAUUUAAUUAUAUAUUAUACACGCAACUAUUUCACAAUCAAAGAAUACGAAAAUCUUGAUACUAAAUUAUUUUAAUAUUGUUUUAAUUAUAUUCUAAUUAAUAAUUGUUAAAUUUAUAUUUCGUAAAGCAUAUAAUUUACUCUUUUUCUUUUUCUUAUGAAUUUCAAUUGAUAAAAAUUGCUAUAUAUUAAAUAAUAUUCAAAAAAUCAAUUUAAUGAAUAUUACAAUAAUGAUAUUUUAAUAUAGAAAAACAUAAUUAAAGAAAUUUUAGAAAGCUUUUAAUAUGAUUUAAAAAAAUCCUACUUUUUUAAUCAAAUUAUAUAACUAUUAUUAUUAUAACAUUCAAAUGUUGAACGUCACAUAAUAAUUGUACUUUCUUUUUCUUUUCUUAAAUAUAAUACAUUAAUACAUGCAGGCCAUGUAUAGUUCAUAUGUGCAUCUGUGUACAUAUUAUCAUCAUAAAAAUCAUUUUUAUAAAAUAAUAAAAUAUACAUUAACUAG